AUGGAGAAUUUCUUUUCUCUGAGAAGCACUGGUACCACCUGGCUGAGUUCUGGUUCCACCUCCUGGGUGAUUGAUACCAUCUUUGCCUUCCUGUGUGGAUUGGGACUCUUCCUUCUGUUACUCCCCUGCUUUCAGAGUAAACCAUCCUUACCACCAGCUAAGAAAUAUAGAAAUGUCAGGAAGAGUCAAGUGGAAAUGAUGAGGAGGAACAAGAGUAAAAAAAAAAGCAGAGAUUUGAAAGCUUGCAAAAAUUGCCUGAAAGAAUUAGAGGGAGCUCGCAGUCUGAUUUCACUUCUGCAAAGCUGCCUGGGGAGGCUCCCUGACAAGGGUGGCUUUCAUCAACUCUUAUGUCAAGACCUCCCUGGUGAGGUGUGCAAAGCAGUGCCUGCUGGAGCCCACCAGCCAUACAGGGAGACUGUGGAUGAUGCUGCUCCCACCAUGUCCUUGUUGGCUACCCCAGUUCCUCUGACCCAGCGCCCUCUACUUCUUGGCUCAACAGUCUCUUCAAUUUCUGUUCAUUCCCACUCAUCUCUGAAUGCCUCUUUGCCACCAGAGCCCUUCCUUCCCCUCGACAGCCUUCCAACCCAGCCAAUUGUUCUUUCCCCUCCCCUUCCUCAUCCCCUUAAUUCAGAGGCCUGCUCUCCACCUCUGACAGCCUCCUCUGCUCCACAACCUCCAGACUCUAUUCUGACUCUUCCUCACUGUGACUCCUUGACAUUCCCACUGAGCACCAUUCCACAUAGGUCGUCUCACACCCCUUGGUCAGCUACUCCUGUCCUAGCCAUCUCAGGCCUUGGCCACUCAAGUUGUCCCAUUUCAACCCUGUCCUGGUGGCACACUGCUGCCAAAGCCCUGUGCCUCUCAACCUCAUCAAAUUAUGAGUCUCAGCAAGAACACCUUUCCCACUACUCACCAAAGGCCUCAUUCUGGGGAAACCUGACCAACAGACACAUAGGAGCUGUUAGCCCCUCUUUGCUGAGCUCAGAUGAUCAGAAGCUUCUGGAGAUACAAGUCAAAAAAAGAGUCAAGAUCAAGAUUUUGAAAGAAAAAGAAAAAAAUGAAUCAUAUGCAAUCCAAAACCCAGACUACCACCUGAAUUCUUUAGGAAAUAUGUUGAAAUCACUGAGUCCUGAACAGAACACAAGCCCCCAACAUUUCUGGAGCACAAAAGGAAAAUCAGAGCAGCUGUCUGGUCCUCAGAAACUCUCAUAUCCUAAGGUCUUGGGGCCCCAUCUACAGCAGAAAUAUAACCAGCUUUUCUGGGGUCUCCCCUCUCUACAUAGCGAAUCUCUGGUGGCUACUGCCUGGAUUUCUGAGGGCUCUCCAGUGCUACAGUCUCCCUCUCUCUUAUUCAAUGGAAUCUCAAGUGCCUGCCCAAUUCAAAUGCAGGCCAAACUAUCUCCACUGCUUUCCCAGUCCCAACACCUGUCCCAACUGGAGUUCCAAUCUCAAUCCUUGAUGUCAACUAUACCUCAAUUCCAACCACCACCCCUAGCUCAAAUCCUGACUCAGGAUCAUCUCCAAUCCUCUCUUCCAAACCUAUCACCUUCACCACCUCAGAUUAAGGCCUGUGAAAUAUCUUGCCCUAUAGGCCCAGAUAAGUCACAAUUUCUCAUCCCAACUGAGAUUCAACAUCCAGAAUGGCCUUUGUUGCAGAAGCAACUAGAAAGUGGGUGGGCUUUAUCCUCUGCAAUCAAAAGAUCUCAAGAAGUUUUUAGUGUUUUCACUUCCAAUCUUCCUGAAGACAGCUGGGCAGUCUCCCUGCUUCCUGAGAAUUUUCCAAUCAGUCCUGAACUCCGUAAGCAACUGGAGCAACACCUACAAAAGUGGCUCAUCCAACACCGGUGGGAACUACCCCGUAAGAUCCAAGAGUCUCUGGAACUAAGGCAGCUUCAGGGUGAAUUACCAGGGACAUGUCAGGCAAAGGGCAAGCAUGGACCCUCAUGGUCCUCUGCAUGUGCAGGUAAAAGCAACAAGGAUACACGGAAAGUGGGGUUCCAGCUAAGUCAGGGCAUGGGUAAAGGCCUGGGGUGUAUUUUGGGAAAGGUCUCAAAAGAUCUCUCCGGGGACUCAGAAAGGUCUCUAAUGGGGUUUCAGGAAGUAAACUCUGAGGAGUUAGAAAGUGACUUGGGGCCGUCAACGAGUGACUCAGGAAGUGAUUUACUAAAGAGCUUAGAUAAGAAACUAGAAAACCUCCUGAAAGACCAUUUGGGCAGGAAGUUGGGAAAGAUCAGGGAGAGUCUGAUCCCUGUGAGUGUGCAUCAAUCCUGGCUUGCUGUCAAUCAUGCUUUUCCCAAGCCCAACACUCAAAGGGAAAUCAGAAAUCUAGGAAUGUUGAAGGGUUGGGGACCAUAUGUGAACACCUCCCACAGGGUUUCCUUCCUUGAUCCAGACAUUCAAGAAGUGCUGGAAGCACAUAUUAUAAAGUUUUGGGUAAGGCACAAGUGGGGUCUACCCCUCAAGGUCCUUAAGCCCAUAAAUCUCUUUAAGUUGAAAAAGGUUCAACCUUUGCCCAGGACCCCCUCAAUAGUCAAGUUUGCCAAAUUCCUGGGAAAACCUUCUCAGACAUGUCUGGGAAAGAUAGUUAUAACAGAAGAGUCAGGUCCUAUUCUGGAGAGGCCUCUCCUUGCCACUUCACCCACAUAUGAGGAAAUCCCGAGGUCCCUGGUAAGAACCCCAUCCGAUGACAACCAGGGGCCCUCAAAGGCCUCUCUGAUUGGACAGAACAGCAGGCCACUUUCUCAGUCUCUCACACUCAGCCUCAUAGACAGAACUCCAAAGAGUGGUUCUGCAGAAUGGGCUGAAAGGAGCAGCCAUGAGUUGAGUCCCAGUUCACCAAUGGCCAGGAAUGAGCAAAGAGAGGAGAGUGAGUAUUGGGCCUCACAAGACCCCUGCCAUAAUGUAGCAAUGCAGAAGAUGAACUUGGGACCCCAAUAUUUUAGGGCUGAAAAGGCCAGGGAGGCAGUGGAGGCAAAGUCUCAUACUCUUCAACCACAGUCUAGCCCCAUCUUGGGAACCAAUGUGCUCACAAAACCCCAAACCAUAAAUGCACAUAUGAGGGGUUUAGAUACCAGUAAAAAACUUUCUACAAUGUCUGCUUUCCAAGAUACUGGAGAGUCAUGCCUUAACACAGACGUUAGUGAAUUUAAGUCCAAAUUGAAGAUAAAGCCAGAUAACCAGCCUCAAGACUGUCCUACACACAUGCUCCUUGCUGUAGACAACUUGGCUUCUCAGGUGCCGCAUUGUUAUCCCCAGACAGUGCCUACUGGAGACAAGGUAGAUUCCCAGAUACUAUACGGCUUCAUGGCAGACCAAAGGAGCUUCUUAAGUCAGCAGGAGCCCGUGCUCUCUAGACUCCAAGACUCAUGGAAGAACCAGAGCAAGAUGACUAACUCUACUUAUAAGAGAGAGGACUGUAAGAGGCCCAACUCAGGAAAGAAUAAAGAACGGUUUGAAGAAUUGAGGACAUCUCAAGCUGAAAGUAUGAGUCACCCUUCCCCAGUCAGGGGAAUAGUAGACUCUGUUAGGAACAGAUGCAUCCAGCUCCUGCCAGGGAAGAAACAAGGUCCUCCAGAAAACCUCUUCAGAAAAAGGAUGAGGCACUUUUUUCAAUGGAUUUUCCCCAAUAGAAAAGUCAAAGGUCAGAAUAUUCUGCAAAAAUGUAAGCCAAUAAUAGUCUCUGCCCAGAGCCAAGGACCAGUCAGAAGCAGAUCAAUUAUGGCUAAUGAGACUACUGAGGCUCAGGCACUCAUGACAGCUGUUGGACAGAUUCUAGAGGAAAAAGUGGCAAUUCACCAUGGACUUCAUGUCACAAAGUUAAAUGAUAACAAACAGGAACUCCAAGCACCAGUAUGUGGGUGUUUCUGCUACCACAGGAUUCCCUUCUACCCAGAGCAAGGGAGAAUAAUGAGUUAUACAGCCCACAAUCACCAAGACAUCUCCAAUAGUCAGAGUAGUUCUAUCAAGGAAAAGCAGGUUAAACACCGACAGUCCUUUAAAAGUGUAAGAUUUGAGGAUGAGCAGCUGGACUCGACACACCUCCCAUCCCUGCCUCCCAAGAAGACUUUGUCUCCAGUCAGUCCUUGCCAGUAUGGGCCAAGGAUGCCAGGUGCCCCUGGCCACCAUCAACACUGUCCACGGCACUGUUUUCUUCAGACCUCCCUAUUUGGUCGAUCAUAAAAUAUGUCUUUAUACCUAGUAGGAAAACAUGUCUCCAAGAAAAAAAUUAAUCCAUGUAGAGAAAAUGUUUUUUUUUCUCAUUAGCACAUCCAAAUACUUAAUAUUCCCAAAUAUAUAUGU